CUUCAUGUGUUAUACUUAUAGCUGCACAGCCUUCCCUUGAAGGUUACAUUAUGGCUAGUUACACCUGGGACUGGAGUAAUAUUUGUGCACAGAAUAGUAGUACAUUCUACGUCGUCGUAGACAACUGGUUGACAGAAUGUGCAGAGCAGAUCGUCGUUGUAUGUCCAGUUUACGUUCUUCAAGCAGUCGUGUGCGCGUAUUUGAUUGGGAGAAGCACGAUUCUGACACGUUCAGCUGGUGGAUUCGUGAACAUAUGGACAACACUACGUGGUCUGUGCACUGUCUGCCUAAUGCUACAACCUGCCCUGCACUACUCCCUUGCACGGGUAUUUCAUAAUGUAGUUUCACCUGUAGACAGCUUCACGUACGCGGUCGUCACGCUGUCAUGGUUUUUGCAUACUUGCGUGUUGUACCGGCUCAGGUACGUCGUGACAGCCAGCGCUUUCCAUCCACUUCUAUUAACGUACAACUGGCUACUGACGCUCAUGGCUUCCACAUUAAAGUUCGUGUCUGUGAUACUGAAUGACCGCUCAAACUCAUCAGCAGCUAAUCGUGUGAACGACGUCGAUCGUUACGUGGCUUACACGGAGUUAGCGCUUCAGAUUCUAUACUUUGCAUGCACAAUCAUCGGCGCGCUCGUAAAAAGCCGCAACGAUUAUACGCUGUCAAUAAACCCGGAUUUGGAGACGACGCCGAUUUUGUCGGAGCACCGCGCUGGCUAUCACACGUUGCCGGCUUACCGGGAUGGCGCGGGGCAGGAGCCGCUGGGAGUAGCGGCGUCGGACAGCAACUGCCUAUCGAAACUUCUCUUCUGGUGGGUGCGCCCACUGAUGGUGAAAGGCUACAUGGGAAAGCUCAACUCUCACACGGACCUCUUUGAUCUACCGCCCUCCGUGACCACCUCAGCCGUGUCUACGAGGUUCCAGCAGAAUUACAAUGAUUGUCACGCUGCAUUGCCAUGCACCCGGUAUAUGUCAACCACAGAAUGUGCUCCCAUUCAUACCGUCGGUAGCUGUGAUGACUGGGGUCAUGCCACAAGUUCGCGCGACCACAACUGGGAACAAGAAAACGACAGAAUCGGUGACGGGGGGGCAACGACGACGGAACCGAGGCGGGUGGUUAGUUUGAUGAGGGCACUGAACCGUUCGUUCGGUCUCGAGUAUUACAGCCUGGGUGUGCUGAAAUUCCUGGGCGAUGCGUGUGGAUUUCUCGGGCCCAUCCUGCUGCACGAACUCAUCACGUUUAUGGAGAAUACAGAGGAGCCGGCAAGGAACGGCUAUCUGUAUGCUACUGGCCUAAUGGGUUCGACACUUUUAGGCGCAAUGUUGUCAGUGCAUUUUAGCUACAGGGUGUCUCUGGUCAGCAUGAAGGUUCGUGCAGCUCUGGUAACGUCAGUCUAUAAAAAGUCAGUGCAGGUCAGUCUUGACACAAUGGCCACCUUCAACACAGGAGAAAUUGUCAACUUCAUGAGCAGUGACACAGAUAGAAUCGUUAACUUCUGCAACAGCUUCCACCAAUUCUGGAGCCUGCCAUUCCAGAUAUCCAUCUCCCUCUAUCUACUACAUCAGCAAGUAGGACUGGCGUUUCUUGCUGGGCUAGGGUUUGCGAUCCUCCUCAUCCCUGUCAAUCGUUGGAUUGCUAUCAAGAUCAUGGAACUGAGCAAGUCUAUGAUGCACCACAAGGACAGCCGUGUCAAGGUGAUUAAUGAGCUAUUGCACGGUAUACGAGUCAUUAAGUUCUACGCGUGGGAGAGCUACUUCAUGGAGCGCAUAAACUCUAUGCGGCAGUCGGAGCUUCGGAGUCUGAAGGGGCGCAAGUAUCUUGACGCACUGUGUGUCUACUUCUGGGCCACCACUCCCGUACUCAUCUCCAUCCUAACCUUCUCUACGUACGCGCUAAUGGGUAACAAGUUGACAGCUGCAAAGGUGUUUACUAGCCUGGCACUGUUCAACAUGCUCAUUGCCCCACUGAAUGCAUUUCCAUGGGUGAUCAAUGGACUCAUGGAGGCCUGGGUAUCAUUAGAAAGAGUGCAAGCCUUUCUUCGCCUCACCGAUCUGCAACUGAGUUCAUACUACUCACCGAUGAUAGUUCAUGGGGCAGAUAAAGAUAAAGUUGUCAGCAUCCGAAAUGGAGCAUUCCGAUGGAGUCACGAAAAACUAACCAGCUAUUCACCGGGUGCAGACGAGCUGACAGCAUCUAAUAAUGAGGAUUACCUCAGGCAACAGCAGUCGUCGACAUACAGUUCCAUGCUCAGUCACCUGUGCAUGGACAUUCACCAGGGGCAACUGAUUGGAAUCGUGGGGAAAAUUGGCAGCGGCAAAAGCUCCCUGCUGUAUGCUAUGCUAGGAGAGAUGGAGCGCAUCCACGGAACAAUUAGCUCUCAAGCGCUUUACCAGGGCUUCGGCUACGCAGCGCAGGAAGCCUGGAUACAGCAUGGCACUCUGAGAGACAACAUACAGUUUGGCAGCCGAUACGAUGCAAGUAGAUACUGGGCGGCCAUCGACGCUUGCUGUUUGUUGGAUGACCUGAAGAUUCUACCAGCUGGUGAUCAAACAGAGAUAGGAGAGAAUGGAGUAACUCUUAGUGGAGGUCAGAAGGCAAGGGUGGCAUUGGCAAGAGCUAUUUAUCAGGAGAUGGACAUUUAUCUGUUGGAUGACCCAUUGUCAGCAGUGGAUGCACAAGUAGGCGCACAUAUAUUCAAACAGUGCAUUAUGGGAGUGCUGUGUAAAAAGACGCGCAUUCUUUGCACGCACCAUCUGCAGUACAUGCAGUUUUGUGAUCUCGUUGUGGCACUUGACAGAGGCAAGAUAGUGAAAUAUGGUCCUCCUUCUGUGGUGCUACAAAAUACCGACUUUCUCACCUCGAUUUCCACACUGCCAUCCAGCAGUUCUCUAGAACUGCAAAUGGAGAGCGAAGAGGUGGAAUCGGAUGAGAGUAAAGUCGAGGGAGAAGUACUCGUGCAAGAUGAGGAGAAGGAGGUUGGCGUAGUCAAAAUGCAAAUCUACUUGGUGUAUUGGAAAGCUGUGGGACACUGUCUGGCUGCAUCGGUUUUGUUCUCUCUACUCUUCAUGCAGGCAUCUCGGAACAUCAGUGACUGGUGGCUGGCAUUUUGGGUGUCACACUCCCACGCAUCUGGCUUGAUGCACGUUCCUGGCAACCUGUCAACAGAGUUGCCACGCGACACCACGUCGGUGCUACUGUGGCAAUCAUCUUCCUCUGAUGACUACCUUUCUUAUGGCAGGUAUAUAGGUAUCAUGAAGUACACAUCCAACAAUAUAAUGACUACCCUGUAUGUUCUGGGAGAUUUUUUGGCUCCGGUUUCGUUCUUCGAUGCGACACCUAUUGGCAGAAUCGUGAACCGAUUCUCGUCGGACGUGUACUCGGUCGACGACUCUCUGCCGUUCAUCAUGAACAUCUUGCUGGCACAGCUGUAUGGCCUUGCCGGCACUAUCUCCAUUACCUGCUAUGGUCUGCCCUGGUUCUCGUUGCUGCUGCUACCACUCGCCGCUAUCUACUACCAUAUACAGAAAUACUACAGACACACAUCUCGAGAGCUGAAGCGGUUGGCGAGUGUAACUUUGUCCCCAGUAUAUGCACACUUCUCUGAAACUCUGACUGGCCUUGCCUCAAUACGAGCAUUUCGAGCCACAGCUAGGUUUAUGCAAGAAAAUCAGAAUACACUAGAGAUAAACCAAAAAGCCAACUUUGCAGGGCAGGUAGCAUCACAGUGGCUAAAUGUUCGUCUGCAACUGCUUGGUGUUGUUAUGGUCACUGGUGUAGCAUUCAUAACAGUUUUGGAGCACCAUUAUCAAUCUGUUAACACGGGUCUAGUUGGGUUGGCGAUAUCCUACGCUCUCUCUGUAACAAAUCUCUUGAGCGGAGUAAUCAGUUCAUUCACAGAGACUGAGAAGCAGAUGGUGAGCGUUGAGAGAGCUCAGCAGUACAUAGCUGAUAUCGCGAGUGAGAGACACGAGGGUCUUCUACUGGUUUCUGAAAGCUGGCCAUCAGAAGGCGUCGUCAAGUUUCAAAACGUGCGUAUGGCAUACAAGAAAAAUCUGCCCGCCGCCUUGGAUGGAGUAUCGUUUGAAACGCGUGCCGGAGAGAAGCUGGGCAUAGUCGGUCGGACGGGCUCGGGCAAGUCGAGUCUGUUUCUUGCACUGUUUCGAAUGGUGGAGUUACAAAGUGGCAGCAUCACUGUUGAUGGAGUGCUCACAAAACUUCUUAGCUUGAAAGAACUGAGGUCAAAGUUGGCAAUCAUUCCUCAGGAUCCCUUCUUGUUCAGUGGAACAGUACGAGAAAACCUUGAUCCAACUGAACAGUUUGCAGGAGACCAGCUCUGGGAGGUGCUAGACGCUUGUCAUCUUGCUGACAAAGUGCACCACAUGGGAGGUUUAGAGUCGGAGGUAUCUGAGCGUGGCAAGCACUUCUCUGUUGGACAACGCCAACUGAUGUGUUUAGCCAGAGCUCUACUUACUGGUGCUAAGGUUUUAUGCAUUGAUGAGGCCACUGCCAGUGUUGACUUUGAGACUGACCAGCUUAUUCAGCAGACGAUUCGAGCCAUGUUUGCUGACUCAACUGUGAUGACCAUUGCCCAUCGCAUCAACACUGUAGAGGACAGUGACCGUGUGCUUGUCAUGAGCGGUGGUAAAGUGGUAGAACUUGCAACUCCUGCAGACCUGCUCAAGAAUAAACAGUCACAUUUCUAUAGCCUAGUGCAUGGCAAGUUGUAACUAGAAAUGCUGGUCAGGCAUGUGCAUAGGUGGCAUUUGUUUCGCGGCAAUUAUAUCGCGAUAUGGCAAUUUAGUUACCAUCUUAACUACUAUGUAACGAAUUUCACGACAGGUGCUACCUGCAAUCAUUGUACACAUCCUUCAACGCGUGUUCAAAGCAACAUGAGAAGAAAGCCAUGGGUGGUGCUUGCAGGCUGAGUUAAAUUAAUCCUGAUGCUAUUUAUUUAUUUUCGAAAUGACUACUCUUCUUCGUAUAGUAUCUUUGCACAAUCCUUCAUCUUAUAUUUCAGUAUUAGAGCACGUUUUACUACUAUAACAUAAUGCCUGCUUACUUCCUGGACGGUAGCGAGGUAUAUAAUAUAACAUGUAACAUCAACCUUUUGACAUGUA